AAGGGAUCAGUUGGGGUGUCAGUCUCUCUGUACCGUGCCCCGUGAAUCCGGCCUGUUCUUCUAGGUUGGUUGCACACAGGCACCACUUCCAGUUUCCAGUAGGCCUCCUGGUUUAUGGAUCUGGAUUGUCGCCUUGACAUCCACGACUGUUGGUGCUGAGAACCUGUCUGAACCGGAACAAUGUCUAAGAAGGAGGAAGAGGUGAAGAAGAUGGAGAAGAAGAGUGUCAGCAUCGAUGAGAAGGAAGAUCUGGCCAUGGAGGAGGGUCAUCAAUCUAAGAUUGAGAUGCCCAACCUACCCAAGCCCUUGACACUGGAAGAAAAAAAGUAUCUCUUAGCAGUGGAGAGGGGGGAUAUUAACACCACCAGGAAGAUGCUACAGAAGGCUCACCGUUACCAUGACUACAUGAACAUGAACUGCGUAGACCCACUAGGCCGUGGCGCUCUCCACAUGUCCAUCUCCAACGAAAACCUGGAGAUGGUGGAGCUGCUGGUGGUAAUGGGAGUGGAGACCCGCGAUGCUCUGCUGCACGCCAUCGAUGCGGAGUUCGUGGAGGCUGUCGAGGUUCUGCUGGAGCACGAAGAGGUGGUCCACAAGGAAGGGGAUAAAUACUCUUGGGAGAAAGCAGACCGCAACACCUCCGCCUUCACUCCCGAGAUCACGCCCCUCAUCCUCGCUGCCCACAAGGAUAACUACGAGAUCCUGAAAAUCCUUCUGGACCGCGGCGCCACCAUCCCCAUGCCCCAUGACAUCAGGUGUGGAUGUCCGGAGUGCCUGAAGACCUCCUCUGAGGACUCCCUGCGUCACUCCCGCUCCCGCAUCAACGCCUACCGCGCCCUGGCUUCCCCCUCCCUCAUCGCCCUCACCUCCACCGAUCCCAUCCUGACAGCCUUCCAGCUCUCCCUUGAACUGAAGAACCUGGCUUACACUGAACAUGAAUUCCGCGCCGACUACCUGGAACUGAGGACCAAGUGCAUGAAGUUCGCUGAGGAGCUGCUGGGCCACGCUAGAUCCUCCACCGAGCUGGCUGUGAUGCUCAACCACGACCCGGAGUGCGUGGUGCCCUACGAGGACGGCGAGCACAUGAGCCUCAAACGCCUGGAGCUCGCCAUCGACUGCAAGCAAAAGAGGUUCGUGGCUCACCCGAACAUCCAGCAGCUGCUCGCGGCGCUGUGGUACGAGGGCGUGCCAGGGUUCAGGAGGAAGUCCAUCGUGGAGAAGUGCACGGAGAUUUUUAAGGUUGUUGCUCUGUUCCCGUUCUACUGCAUGUGGUAUAUGUUGUUGCCGGACAGCCCCACCGGUCGCCUCAUGCGCACUCCCUUCAUGAAAUUCCUCACCCACUCCGCCUCCUAUCUCUUCUUCCUGCUUCUACUGAUCUUGGUCUCUGUGCGGUUCGAGAAUCUUGUCAUCUGGUUCCUCGGGACGGACGCGAUGCGGCGGAAUCUGGAGGAAGCGAUGCGUCGCCAGCGCGGGAAUCUGCCCACUCCAGUCGAGUUCGUUGUGGCUCUCUGGGUGUUCGGGUUCCUGUGGGAAGAAAUCAAGGAGAUACGCAGUGAAGGCUUCAGGAAGUACAUCAAUAACAUGUGGAACAUCCUGGACAUCAUGCGUGACUUCCUCUACAUCUUCACCAUGAUCCUCAGGCUAUUCGCUUUCAUCCAGCAGACUCAAGAGAUCUCACGCUCGCCUUCUACUGCCUUCAUCCCCCGCGAAGAAUGGAACGCCUUCGAUCCUCAGCUGAUCUCCGAGGGUCUCUUCGCCGCAGCCAAUAUCCUCUCUGCUCUCAAGUUGGUUCACAUCUUCAGCAUCAACCCUUACCUCGGUCCUCUCCAGAUCUCUCUCGGCCGCAUGGUUAUUGAUAUCGUCAAGUUCUUCUUCAUUUACACCCUCGUGCUCUUCGCUUUUGCUUGCGGACUGACGCAGCUGUUGUGGUACUACAACGGCCUGGAGAAGGACAAGUGUUACUCCCUCCCUGGCGGUGAGGCGGACUGGACCAAACAGGGCGACGCUUGCAUGCGCUGGAGACGUUUCUACAAUUUGUUCGAGGCCUCCCAAUCCCUCUUCUGGGCUGGCUUUGGCAUGGUGGGACUGGACGACUUCGAGCUGACAGGCAUCCGCGAGUACACGAGGUUCUGGUCCAUGCUCAUGUUUGGCUCCUACUCAGUGAUCAAUAUUAUCGUCCUUCUCAACCUCCUGAUCGCUAUGAUGUCCAGCUCCUACUCCUUCAUUGUGGAACACGCUGAUACCGAGUGGAAGUUUGCCCGCACCAAGCUGUGGAUGUCUUACUUCGAGGAGGGCAACACUCUACCUCCGCCAUUCAACAUGUUCCCCAACGUCAAGAGCAUCAUGAGGAUGUGCGGCAAGGCAAGCAAAAAGAACGAGCUGGUCAGGAGAAUGUCUUCCAGGAGCCAGAACCGCCGCAGAAAGGCUAUGGACUUCCGCUACCUGUCUGUGAUGCGUGCACUCAUCUGGCGUUACGUGUGCGCACUCCAGCGGCGCAACGAGGAGCGCCCCGUCAACGAGGAUGACAUCGGCGAGGUGAAGGGUGACAUCUCCUCCCUCAGAUUCGAGCUUAUUGAUCUCUUCGGCCAGAACGGAAUGGAUGUGUCUAUGUGCGCGAAAAAGAGCAGAGCCGCCCUGGGCCGCAAGAUGAGGGUGUGGGAGAGGCGCCUGAUGCGUGACUUCCACGUGUCGCCUGCCAUGGGAGCCGAGGACUCCAUCAGAAGCGAGGAUGAGCCCAUGCCCCAGGAAGAAUCAGCCGCUGACAAGUUCCGCCGCAUGGCAAGGCUGGCGAUGUCAAUCAGCGACGAGAAGCGCACUAAUCCUGGACAGUCACAGAUCGGUAUGGGAGACGAUAAGGGACGCGAGAGCCUCAAGAUGGCCAUGGAGAAGGCUCGCCGCAAGAUGGAGGAGGGAACACCCGAUGGAUCGCCAGGCUCUUCCCGUGGGUGCUCUCCCUUCCCAGACCUGUACACAGGCCCCCAUUUGCUCGAUGCCAUCAAGAACCUGGACCUGAGCCCCAAUCACUCCCCGUCAGAGACUCCCAUGCCCGAUGGCAGGCUCAGCAAGGCCAAAGAUGGUCAGGCCAAGGACAUGAACAAGCUGAUGGUGCCAGGCCGCCGCGCCUCCACCACUCUCAAGAAGGAGGGUGAAGACACCGUUGAAAACCAGAAGCUCAGUUUGGACGUUCCUGUCAACAUGUUCUCUAAGGACUCCAUAAAAACUGAACUCCACCAUCGCAAGUGAAGACAAGUCGGGAAGGAAAGCACCUGUCAUUAUGAAGACAGAAUCUGAGACCAAGAAAUCUGAGGCUCCUGCUGGCAUCAAAAA